AUGAGCAAGACGACGAAGACCACCGCCACUUCCACCACCCACAACAAGAAACCAACGUCUGGUUCUUAUUACACCGCAGCACCACCGCAAAACCACCAUUUUUCUCAGCCAAGAAACUCGUUUUAUUACACCCCAAGAGUUUCCCAAUUCCACAAUUCACCAAAAUUUCCAUAUUUACAUGACCCACCAAGAAAAUCUUCUAAAAAAACUAGACCCAACAGAAAAACCAUAUACAGACCUUCACCAAAACACACUUCACUCGCUGACUCGACUCAAAGUACCCUUCAAGAUUUUUUUCAUUCUCCCACAACAAACACCAUCCCUUUUUCCCUUCACGAGUCUCCCUCCUCCGAGUCGACCCAAUCAGGACUCGCCACUGCCUCCUGGUGCACCUCUUGCACCUGUAGAGUCAGUUCUUCCACUUCCGACAUCGUAAUCGAUGUAAACGAGACUAGAAAUAGUGAUAAUUCAAGCUGUGGGUUUGAUUUGUCACCCGAGAUAGAGCUUAACCUCCCUCCAAUAAUAACAAAACCGGCCAAACCCACUUCAAGAAACACACAAACAUCACAUUCCGGCAAGAAACUCAAAGAAGCCAACAAAACUCCGGCGAGAAAAUCAGUCUCCGGAGUCAAACUCAGAGCCAAUUCUCCCAAACUAGCAGUGAGCAAAAGGAUCGUUCAAAAGUCUGCACAGAGAAAGACCUUGUCAGAAAGCUUUGCAAUUGUGAAAUCAUCGUAUGAUCCUCAGAAAGAUUUCAUGGAAUCAAUGAUGGAGAUGAUCGUCGAGAACAACAUCCGGGCGUCAAAGGACUUGGAAGAGCUUCUUGCAUGUUAUCUUUCUUUGAAUUCAGAUGAGUAUCACGAUGUAAUUGUUAAAGCAUUUGAGCAAAUUUGGUUCAGUUUGCCAGAUAUGUAA